AUGCCUUUUGAGCCUCGAAAGAAGUUCUGCUUUGCCGAGUACCUGCGGCAAUUUCUAGAACGACUGGGCCAUCAAGUGCCCAUCUAUGACACCUUGGAUGGCAAGACGCUGGUGCCUUACCAAUGCGUCAUGGUCAGAGAGUCUUGGAUGGAGCUCCGAAGAGACGUGCUGGCGGCGCUGAAGUUGCAAAAGAUGGCGUAUCGCUUUCGGCACGGCGGCACCACUGCCCCAAGCUUGGUGGAAGAUGUUUGUCCCCGCGUAACGCCCGAGAGAGCGACGUCUCCAUCGGUGCCAUCGCAUGGAUGCCAUGGCGACGGAAUCUGCGAGCGGCCUAUUGUGGCGAAGGUGGUGGUGCGCAACACCUUCUUAGAACUGGAAGAUGAUGUUCCCUCCCAACUCAUCGAGAAUUUGCCUUCCAGUUUGUCCUUAAAAAGGAGCAAAAGUGCCAGUGGCGACAUCCUGAACUUGAGUGUACAGUGCUGUAAAGAUUCAGUCUGA